AUAACUAAUUAAGCUCUUCAAUCUCACACACCUAUGUUCUAACCACUACAAAACUUGCUAGGCAUAUAUAUUAAUUAUCCAUCUUGAAGAAAAUAUAGUGGUUAAUUAACUAGAUCUUAAAAUGGCUGAGAUUGAGUUUGAAAGUUUGUUUAAUCAUGCCAUGAGAGGGCAAUGGAGAGAAGUUUUAGAGGCAUAUGAGAGAAACCCUGAAGUAUUGGAAGCAAAGAUCACAAAAGCAGAAGACACAGUGUUACACAUUGCUGUGUAUGUGAACCAAACAUUCUUUGUGACAACCUUGUUAGAUAACAUAAGCCAAAACAUGUGUAGGGACAUCCUAAGAAUGCAAAACUCAAAGGGAAACACUCCACUUCAUGUUGCAGCAGAGCUUGGAAAUGUAGACAUUUGCAACAACAUAACCAAAAGAGAUCAUACCCUCAUUUCGUUUCGCAAUUUUGAAGGCGAAACUCCUCUUUUCUUGGCUGCUGUUCAUGGUAAAAGAGAUGCCUUCUUUUGUCUUCGUGAUAGCCAUCAGAACAAUGAUGAUGACUCAGUCUCAAGAAAAAACAAUGGAGACACCAUUCUUCAUUCUACCAUAUCCUCUGAAUACUUUGGUUUGGCACUUCAAAUAAUUGGAAUGUAUCCAAAGCUUGUGAGUGCUGUAAACCAUGAUGGAUUAUCACCUCUGCAUAUUCUUGCUAGGAAGCCUAAUUGUUUCAGAAGCUGCACAAGGAUGGAGUUAAUUGAUAGUAUCAUCUACACUUGUUCAAUUGUUGAUGAGGACAAGGAAGAAAGAUAUGACCAAUGUCAUAAUAUUCAAGCACGCACGCAAACUUCUAAUCACUAUCCAUUGAACUAUGGAACAUGCAUAGCCUUCUUAUCUUUGUUGAAAAGUGCAUUUAAAGCAACAACAACAGGAAAAGAUUCAGAUACUUCAACCAGUGAUGAAGAGAAUAGUUUCUCGCGAAAAUCUGAGAAAGAGCAAGCAAAGAAAGAAAAGAAAAAUUAUAUGUUCCCUCCCAAUUGGGAAUCCAUGAUCCGAUUUCUAAUCCUUGGAAUGAAGGCUUUCCUAAUCAUUUUCGGCCUUGGAUCAACAUGGGUAGAGAAAAUACAAAGAAAGAAGGAAAAACACAUUCGAGCUAAGCAAGUAAUGAAUGAGCUGAUUCAGCGCGCUUCUUUAUACAAGUAUGAUUUUAUAGGACCAAGUCCUCAUGUUGAAGAGCAUGGUGAUGAUGACAUAGUUAAAAUAAAGAGCAAAACAGAAAGUGUAGCUAUUGAGAAAAGAAGAACAGUGUCACCUAUUUUAAUUGCAGCAAAAAUGGGAGUGACUGAAAUGAUUGAGAAGAUUCUUGACAUGUAUCCUGUGGCUAUUCAUGAUGUGGACAAUCAAAACAAGAAUGUUGUUCUUUUGGCCAUAGAGAAUAGGCAACCUCAUGUAUAUAGUUUGUUAAACAAGAGGAGCGUGAUCAAAGAAACUGCAUUUCGUCAAGUUGAUAUUCAUGGUAAUAGUGCAUUGCAUCUUGCUGCUACUUAUAGGAGGUUUAAGCCUUGGCGUGUACCUGGUGCUGCAAUGCAAAUGCAGUGGGAAUACAAGUGGUAUAAGCUUGUUAAGAACUCCAUGCCGCCUAAUUUCUAUGAACGUUAUAAUAAUGAUGGGAAAACAGCAAAGCAAGUCUUCAUUGACACACACGGAGUACUAGUAAAAGAAGGUAGUAAAUGGCUCACCAAAACCUCAGAAUCAUGCUCAGUGGUAGCAGCACUUGUUGCAGCUGUUGCAUUCACAACUUCAACAGCUAUCCCAGGUGGUCCUAAUCAAGAGACUGGUAUACCACUAUUGCUAAAACAGCCUGCUUUCAAACUCUAUGCUGUAACAUCACUUGUUGCACUUUGCUCCUCUGUCACAGCCCUUAUUUUGUUUCUUUCGAUACUGACAUCUCGGUUUGAAGAAAAGGAUUUUGUUGUGGACUUACCGAGAAAGCUUCUUAUAGGGUUGACUACACUUUUCACAUCUAUAGCAUCAGUGCUAGUCUCAUUCUGUGCAGGGCAUUUCUUCAUUGUUGAGCGCCAGCUGAGAUUUGCGGUGUAUCCCAUAUAUGCUGCAACAUGUUUGCCUGUGACAUUUUUUGCCUUGGUUCAACUCCCUCUAUACUUUGACCUGAGUUUGGCCAUGUUUCGGAAGGUUCCUCAGCGCAGCUACAAAGUAUUCUUUCACUAGUUACUUCAUCAUUAGUUUAAGUUAUUCUUGUUCUAUCAUGAGCAGUAAUAGUAUAAACAAAUAUCUUUCAAACAAUAAACACUUUUGGACUGUGGCUAUGUCUUAGUUUAAGAAUUUAUUUAAAAUUGAUAGCCAAUAGGCAAAUGGUGAGGCACUUUGGUUCUGAUUGUGCACCCACUUUAAUCCAUUAUCAUUACCAUAUUAUAUGUGACAUUCCAAGAAUAUCAUCGCACAGUUUCAUCUUAUCUUAUCGCAUUAAUUAGGGGUGACCACAACGGUUCAAAACCAUUACCUGAUUCAUAGUUGGCUCUCUAAAAACUUCAGACAAAUUCGGCUCAAAAUGUCUAUCG